AUGUUUAGAAAUGAAGCCAAAGAGGGACUGAAGGAAGGAACGAGGAAGAGUCCACUGACUGAAAAUAUUUUCCCGCUCCUCUUUCUGCUCCUGUACUGCUUCGUGUGCACCCUUGACAUUUUGAGCUCUGCCUUUCAACUAGCUGGAGGUAAGGUAGCAGGGGAUAUCUUCCAGGAAAAUGCCAUCCUGUCUAACCCAGUGGCAGGGCUUGUGGUGGGGAUACUGGUGACAGUGCUGGUCCAGAGCUCCUCCAGCUCUACGUCCAUCAUAGUCAGCCUUGUCUCUUCGGGUUUGCUCAAUGUUCAGUCAGCCAUUCCAAUCAUCAUGGGCUCCAACAUUGGAACAUCAGUCACCAAUACCAUUGUUGUUCUAAUGCAGGCAGUGGAGAGAGAGGAGUUUGAAAGGGCCUUUGCUGGAGCUAACGUCCAUGACUGUUUUCACUGGUUGUCAGUUUUGGUGCUUCUCCCUCUUGAAGCUGUGAUUGGCCUCCUGAGACAUUUGUCACAGGCCUUAGUCGACUAG